UCACGUAUCCUGUCCAUACUAGGAAGGCUAGUGCUUAUACAGGGAUCUCCAUUAUAUACGCCACUUCCGGCAAGAGGAACCAAACUCUUCUUUAACCAUCCACCCGCCAUUAUCAUUCCUUCGCCCCCUCUUUAUCUAUUUGUGUUCACAAGACAAACAGCAGCACGAGGAGAAGCAGACACACGAAACGAAAGCAAAAUAGCAAGGAGCCAAGAACCCAAGAGCUAGCUGUUGCUGCAUUGGAGCAGGCGAUCAAUGGCGGGCCUCGGGUUCGAGGAGACCGAGCUCCGGCUAGGCCUGCCCGGCGGCGGCAAGGACGCCGAGGAGGCGGGCUCCACUGUGCGAAGCUCCGGAAAGAGGGGCUUCGCGGAGACCAUCGACCUCAAGCUGAAGCUCGAGCCGGCGUCAGCAACCGCGCCGAUGGCGGGUGACGAGCAAGUGGCCGACAGUGUUGCGGCAGCCGAGCAGCAGCCUUCUCCGGCUGCUGCUACCGCCGCCGUCGCCGGUGAUGGGCAGAUGAGGCGGUCACCGAGCCAGAGCAGUGUGAUCAUCAGCUCGGACCCCGAGAAGCCGCGCGCACCCAAGGCGCAGGCGGUGGGAUGGCCGCCAGUCCGGUCCUUCCGGAAGAACAUCAUGGCCGUGCAGGCGGACAAGUCGGCUGCGGCGCUGGUGAAGGUGAGCAUGGACGGCGCGCCGUACCUGCGCAAGGUGGACAUCGGCGCGUGCAAGAGCUACGGGGAGCUCUCCAAGGCCCUGGAGAAGAUGUUCAGCUCCUCCACCAUGGCCGGCGGCUCCCAGGGGAUAAUGAACGACGAGAGCAAGCUGGUGGACUUGCUCAGCGGCUCCGACUACGUGCCCACCUACGAGGACAAGGACGGCGACUGGAUGCUCGUCGGGGACGUGCCAUGGGAGAUGUUCGCGGCAUCCUGCAAGCGCCUCCGGAUAAUGAAAGGGUCAGAAGCCAUUGGCCUAGGUGAGGAGCUUUUAUUUCAGAUUUUACAUGCUUCACCACCGGUGCUAAGAUAUUUCAGCGCCAAGGGCAAUGGAGAAAUGCAAGAGCAGAAGCUGAUCGAUGAAGGAAGGAUGUUCAUUUCAAGAUUUGCUCAAGUCUGUAGUCUGUACCAUAAUAUGAUAUACCGUCUACUGUCUAUGAUCCGGUUAAGUUCCUAUCGCCCGGAUCAGCGUUUUGAAGUAUUACCUGCUAUUUUCUGUCUUGUUGUCUGUAUAUGGAGUAUAGUAUUACCUCCCAUUCCAAAAUAUAAGCCUGUUUAGCUUAUCUUUCGGAAUGGAGGUAGUAGUAUGUAAGAAAGAUGUCAUCGGCAUGUCACUGUUGCAUACAUACGCCUUUUUCUUUUCUCCUGCCAUCUUCCUUUCGCACACAGGAAAGGUGGCAGAUGUCCUUCCCAUUAUCAAAACAAAAAAGGUCAGAUAGUGCUGCCCGUUCCACUGCAGGGAUCUUGCAGUUUGUCCAACAGCAGUGCUCAAUCAUCAU